AAGAAUGAAUGAAAUCGUAGCGCGCUGGGCGGCAGAGCGGGCGGCGCAGGCCGGGCUGGGCCCGCGCGCGGCGGGAGCGGCGCCUCGGGCCGGAGGCGGCCCAGUCGAGCGGGCCAUGGCUACCGCCAUUCAGAACCCGCUCAAGUCCCUAGGGGAGGACUUCUACCGGGAGGCCAUCGAGCACUGCCGCAGCUACAACGCGCGCCUGUGCGCCGAGCGCAGCCUGCGCCUGCCGUUCCUGGACUCGCAGACCGGCGUGGCCCAGAACAACUGCUACAUCUGGAUGGAGAAGACCCACCGCGGGCCGGGUUUGGCCCCUGGACAGAUCUACACUUACCCUGCGCGUUGUUGGAGGAAGAAACGGAGACUCAACAUCCUAGAGGAUCCCAGGCUGAGGCCCUGCGAGUACAAGAUCGAUUGUGAGGCACCCCUGAAGAAGGAGGGUGGCCUCCCAGAAGGGCCGGUCCUUGAGGCUCUGCUGUGUGCUGAGACUGGAGAGAAGAAAGUGGAGUUGAAGGAGGAGGAGACUAUUAUGGACUGUCAGAAACAGCAGUUGCUGGAGUUUUCGCAUGAUCUCGAGGUGGAAGACAUGGAGGAAGACAUUCCCAGGAGGAAGAACAGGGCCAAAGGAAAGGCAUAUGGCAUCGGAGGUCUCAGGAAACGCCAGGACACCGCUUCCCUGGAGGACCGAGACAAGCCGUAUGUCUGUGAUAUCUGUGGGAAGCGGUAUAAGAACCGACCUGGGCUCAGCUACCACUACACCCACACCCACCUGGCCGAGGAGGAGGGGGAGGAGCACGCAGAGCGCCACGCCCUACCCUUCCACCGGAAAAACAACCACAAACAGUUUUACAAAGAAUUGGCCUGGGUGCCCGAGGCACAGAGGAAACACACAGCCAAGAAGGCGCCAGACGGCACUGUCAUCCCCAACGGCUACUGUGACUUCUGCUUGGGGGGCUCCAAGAAGACAGGGUGUCCCGAGGACCUCAUCUCCUGUGCAGAUUGUGGGCGAUCAGGACACCCCUCGUGUUUACAGUUCACGGUGAAUAUGACUGCAGCUGUACGGACCUACCGCUGGCAAUGCAUUGAGUGCAAAUCCUGCAGCCUGUGUGGCACCUCAGAGAAUGACGGUGCCAGCUGGGCGGGUCUCACCCCCCAGGACCAGCUGCUAUUCUGUGACGACUGCGAUCGGGGUUACCACAUGUACUGCCUGAGCCCCCCUAUGGCGGAGCCCCCAGAAGGGAGCUGGAGUUGUCACCUAUGCCUUCGGCACUUGAAAGAAAAGGCCUCUGCCUACAUUACUCUCACCUAGGCCUGGCUCAGCUUUCCGAGGACCUUCGGGUGGUGCUUUGUCCUUCUGCCUCUCGGAGCGCCUCACUCUUCCACUGGGAGGGAGAGGGCGAAGCCCACAGGGGCUCAGGCGCCCUCCCUCUGAAGCGGAAUGCCACCCUGUGGGUGGGUGGGUCCAGCCAGGGCCCCCCUCUUGCCCUUCCUCUCCAUCCCUUGGCAAAUGGGCACCGGAGGUUUCUGCUCCCCUCAAAGCCAUACCCCGCCUCUGGGCGGGCAUAGGGGGGUAGUGGAUGCCAGCUUGGGGUACGGACAGAGCCUUUUUCUAAAGAAAAAGACAAAAAGUUAAAAAAAAAAAGAAGAAAUUAAUAUAUACAGAGAGUCCUAUAAGGCCUGGCUGGGUGGAGGGGCACUGCUGAGCGUCUGCUGGGCACCUGACUUUGCCAGUUUCCUGCCUGGCACCUCCCCACCCAGUUUCUGGAGUUGCAGUUGUCCCAGCUCCCCACCUGAGGUGGGUACCAUUCCUCUCAUACCCAGGCCAGGUGGGCAUGGUGCCCACCCCUCACCCCCUCCUGGUGCCCACCGUGGAUACUGCAUGUGAACCAUGGUUUUGAACUCUUUCUGCCACUCCCUGACAGCCCUGCCCUCUGCCCACCCAGUGCCUGCCAGGCUUAGGGCGGUUGGCUGGGGGAGGCCGGUGGGGCGAGUUGGGCAGCCCAGACCGCUCAGAGAAGCACAGAUUGCAAUGGACUCAUUUUAUUUCUCCUUCCCAGCCCCCUUCCCACCCGGCCAGGCCGGGUUGGCCCCUGCCCCCCUCGCUGGCCAUUUUGGGGGUGACGAGGGGGGUGUGGUUGUUUCUCGUGGUUGUGUGUGUUUGUUGUUCGGGUUUUUAAAAAAAGGGAAAUUGAGACUGCAAGUGGGGGAGGUAGAGGGUCUGGGGGAAUCUCCCCUCAAUCCAGGAGCACCCCCCGUCACUGAGUCUCCUUUAUUGCCUGCCUCUGCUGUGAAUUAACUUGUUCCGUGUAUUAAACUGGGCCUGACCCC